AUGUCGUCUGAAGUACUCCGAAGUCCAAGAAUCAACUCUGCACUUUGUGCGAAAUAUCGUGGCGAAACCGUUCGCUUGAUUGGUAAAGUUCUUGAGGCCUCAAGUAAAACCGCUAAGCUAGAAGCUAGUGAUAAAGGACAAGUUCAAGUCGUUUUAAAGCCUGGACAGGAUGCGCCAUUGAACCCCGAAUCUUAUAUUGAAGUUAUUGGGCGCGUUAAUGAUGAUCUAUCAAUUAAGGAAUAUAAUCAUCUUACAAUUGGUGAACCAUUUGAUUUAGAAGCAUACGACCUUGCAGUUCAAUUAUGGCAGCGAUAUCCGGACAUUUUCUAA